AAAAAUAUGAAAAAUCUUCAAAAUAUGUUAUCUUGUUUUCGCUUUGUGCCACAACUCUUGUUAGCAUUGCCUGCCAUAUAUAGUUCUAUAAUAUUGUUCAACAGUUGUAUGUACUCGGCUAUUAUAGAGCAUGGCUCAAGUCCUCAAAUUAGCGGGAAUCCUGCAGGCCCAGGUCAAACAGGCCAAGAAAGCAGGCAACUGCUUCAUUUCAGUAAUGCCACAUAUUCCUUUCACUGGAGACAGCAUGAGCAACCCAGUUUGGACUCUGCCUUUGGCGCAUUUGUACGCAUUUCUAAUAAAGGGAAUGAUAACGGUGAGGAUUCACAAUCAUCCGAUAGCCCAGACACGAGUAGCCCAGACAUUAGUGCCCCCGAUGUGGAGGAAGCACCUCCUGCGAUUCCACAAGAUGAUAAUAAGCUCGACAAACCCCAUGUCACAGGCGACGAUACAGGUGAACCAGCAGAGCAGAAGGAGCCAGACGAAGCAGACGAGCAGAAGGGGGAUGACGAAGCAGCCGAGCAGAAGGAGGCUGACGAAGCACCAGAGCAGAAGAAGAGAAAUCACCUAUACGAUCCAUUUGCUUACCCAUACUACUCUCAGUUUUAUGACAGGCCGUGGCGUAAAAGUGGCACAGCGAGGAUAACGCUGCAACAAGCUUUGAUUGCAUUAUAUUUUGUGCCACUUUUAUAUGGUGUGGCUCAGUGGUUUCGUAGAUUUGCUAUAAAUGCUACAUAAAUCGGUGCAUCAAAACACGUUUUUUUU